UACCGGAAGUGUUGGGCAGCGCGGAAGGCUGCGGAAGGGGUAGGGAGCAGCAGCCAUGUCGGAGCGAAAAGUGUUAAACAAAUACUACCCCCCAGACUUCGAUCCUGCUAAGAUCCCAAAGCUCAAACUCCCCAAGGACCGGCAGUAUGUGGUGAGGCUCAUGGCCCCCUUCAACAUGAGGUGCAAGACAUGUGGUGAAUACAUCUACAAAGGGAAGAAGUUCAAUGCCCGGAAGGAGACAGUGCAGAAUGAGGUGUACCUGGGGCUCCCCAUCUUCCGCUUCUACAUCAAGUGCACACGUUGCCUGGCAGAGAUCACCUUCAAGACAGACCCUGAGAACACAGACUACACCAUGGAGCACGGUGCCACACGGAACUUCCAAGCUGAGAAGCUCUUGGAGGAAGAGGAGAAAAGAAUACAGAAGGAGAGGGAAGAGGAAGAGCUCAACAAUCCCAUGAAGGUGCUGGAGAACCGAACCAAGGACUCCAAGCUGGAGAUGGAAGUUUUGGAGAACCUGCAGGAGCUGAAGGAACUCAACCAGCGCCAGGCAAACGUGGACUUUGAGGCCAUGCUGAAGCAGUACAAGGAGUAUGAGGAGGAGCAGAAGCGUAAGGAGCAGGAGGAGGAUGAGCAAGAGAUGAAAGCCAUGCUGGAGCAGGCCCAGAACCGGCGGCUCCUGGUCGACUCUGACUCUGAUGAGGAGCCAGGCAAAUCCCACACCAAGCCUGGGACCAAAAUAAAACCCACGGACAUCUUGCAGGAGGACUCUCAGCCUCAGACUAAGAAGGUGAAGACAGAAAGUUGGGAGCAGAGCGUGGGCAAACUUCACACCAAGUCCCAGCUGGCUGGGCUGGUCACUGUCAAGAAGCAGAAGCCAGAUCCUGCCCUGGCAAAUGGGACAGAGAACAAAGGUUCCUUUCCUGCAGCAAGGGGCACCACCACCUCCUCACUCAGCUUGCUGGGGAUGUAUUCAGACAGUGAGGACAGCACCAGUGACUGAUGGUGUGAUUCCCCCUGCUCCCAGCUGACAGCAGCUGCUCUUCAGAGCCCCAUGCAGAGCCAGGCUGAUCCAUCAGGAUCUCCAGGGCCAUCUGGAGUCCUUGUGUCACCUGCCUGGCCCAGGGUGUGUGUCCCUCCUCCAGUAGGACACACAAUAAAAGGAACCUCAGGACCUGCCUCCCCUGUGUCCCCACAGGGAGCAGGGGAAGGUGGAAGCUCAGCACCCUCUUUUCCUGCAGGAAGAGCCUCCACCCCCACCUUGGGUGUCUCCUGACACUCCCUGAGGAGCUCAGAUCUCCCCACUGUGGUUGGUUUGGUGCUGGAGGAGGUGCUGCAACUCUGUCAGCCCCACACCAUGAGGACAGGGCUGUCCCAGCUGAGCUGCCACCAGCUGUCCUGUCCAGCAGCUUGGGGACAGACCCCUCCUCACCAUUCAGAGAGCAGUUGGGUUUGCUCAGCAGCCACAAGCUGAUAAUAAACAGGAUGUGUUGGA